UCCAGUAGGUGUCGCUGUGAGCGUUUCGGUCUCGUUCCUCCACACAUUCCCAGAAGCAGAAGAAGCCGUGCUGCAGUGUUGCUGAUUGAUGAGCUGAGCUCUCCGACUCUACUAAUCAUCUUUACAUUCCAAUAUUUCUGACAGGGUUUUACCCCCACAGUUCCAUCUGAUCCGUUGUGGGUGUAUUUGAGGUGGUUAACUGCGUUCUGCUGUAAAGCUCAAGGCUUCAAGGCUUCUGCUUUACCAUUCCCAUCACGAGGCAAAACAAGGAUGAAGUCAGACGAGAUUAAACCUGAGGAUCUGGAACCCUCAGAAAGCUGCAGUAUUUACCAAAGCUCAUCUUGUACGGUUCACACUAACAGUUUUCACAAACCAGCUGAAAAUGAAAUUCACCAAUGUUCACAAUGUGGGGAGAUUUUCAGUCAGAAGAGUAAUCUCAGAAAACACCUUCGAACUCAUGCAGGAGGGAAGAGGUAUCAAUGCUCACAGUGUGGGAAGGGUUUCAGUCAAAAGGGUCAUCUCGAAGAGCAUCUGCACAUUCACACAGGAGAAAAGCCUUACACUUGUUCAGAAUGCGGAAAAAGUUUCCGUCAGAAGAGUAACUUUCAAAAACACCAAAGGAUUCAUGCAGGAGAAAAAUCAUAUCUCUGCUCACAGUGUGGUAAAAGUUACAAUGAAAAGCAUCUGCUAAAAGAGCACCAGCAAACCCACACAGGAGAAAAACCAUACACUUGUUCCCAGUGUGGAAAACGUUUUAGUCUAAAGAGUUAUUUCCAACGGCACAAGCGUAUCCACGUCGGAGAGAAGCCUUAUUACUGCUCAGUGUGUUGGAAGAACUUCACGAGCCAGCAUAAUCUUCAGACGCACCAACUCAUUCACACUGGAGAGAAACCACAUCAGUGUUCAGUGUGUGGGAAGAGUUUUGCACAUAAAAGUACUCUCCAACAACACGAGCACCUUCACACCGGAGAGACACCGUAUCACUGCUUGCACUGCGGGAAGAGAUUUUCACAUAGGAACGGUCUCCGACACCACCAGCACAUCCACACAGGGGAGAAGCCGUACCAGUGUUCACAGUGUGGAAAGAGUUUUACCCAAAGAAUAAGUCUAAGACAGCACCAGUACACUCACACUGGAGAGAAGCCGUAUCAGUGCUCAGAGUGUGGGAGGUGUUUUGCACAAAGCGGAAAUCUCCGGCAACACCAGCGCAUUCAUACUGGAGAGAAGAAAACAAAAUUAAUUGAAGAGCAAAAGGAAAAAGAGAAAUAAAAUAAACACCACCUAGACAUUAUUACAAAUCAAGUUUGUUUUUUCAUGUAUUUUAAAUAUAAGAAGUACAAGUGAGCUUCAUUAUGAAAUGCAAAAAAAAAAAAAUGUUUUCAUCAUUAUCAUUUACAAACUGAUAACAUUCUAACCAGCUUGUUAUUCAACCUUAACCAGUUUAUAACAUUGUGAUAUGUAUCGUAGUGUCAAACGUAUGACCUUAAAAUCUGCAGUAAGGUUAAGUACUUAAAACUGUGAGAGGGGGGAAAAACCCUGAAAAGAGGACAGAGAACGGGACAUUUGCUACUUUAACCAGUGCUGCUGUAUUUUUGCUGGUAUGAGCAAAAAACAUGUUAAAGUCUUUGUUAAGUCUGGCGGACAAUUUGACCAUUUGCAUGUAUCACGGUGAGAUUUGUUUGUUUAGUUUAGUUUAAAUAUAAUAGAGAAAUAAUAGUCUCAAU